UCACCCAGAUUGAGAGACGUUUUGACCUUUCCAGCAUGCACAUUGGACUCAUAGAUGGCAGUUUUGAGAUGGGCAACUUGUUGUUUCUUGCUGUGGUCAGCCAUUUUGGGGCCAAGCUACAUCGGCCCAGAUUCAUUGCUGUGGGCUGCUUCGUCAUGGCUGUAGGGUCCUUUCUCACCGGCCUGACACACUUCUUCAUGGGACGCUACAAGUACAACACAAUCAUUCAGGUUUUCCAGAAUGACAGUGUGAACAUCGCCGCCUGUGCGGAUCCACUGAAAACUGAAGUACCUGAAAUUCAGAUAGAGCCUUCUGUGGAAGAUAACAAAGCCUGUGUGAGAGAGUCUGGUUCCAACAUGUGGAUCUAUGUGUUCCUGGGGAAUGCUCUGCGGGGGAUCGGAGAAACCCCGGUCACACCUCUGGGCAUCUCUUACAUCGACGACUUUGCUAAAGCGGAAAACUCACCCUUCUAUAUAGCUUGUCUCCAGACCAUCACUCUCCUGGGCCCCAUGUUUGGUUUCCUCCUGGGCUCCUAUUGUGCCAAACUAUAUGUUGACAUUGGAUAUGUUGAUAUCGAAAGUGUGACCAUCACUCCUAAAGAUGCUCGCUGGGUGGGCGCCUGGUGGAUGGGCUUCAUGGUGUCCUCCGCCCUCCUCCUCAUCUCCAGCAUUCCCUUCUGGUUCCUGCCUCGCUCGCUGCUAAAGCCAGAGGGAGCCGACGGCAAGCCAACUCCCACCCGUGGGACCCUAGAUGGGAAAGAGGGUGCCCCCAACAACAAUCACAACCUCAAGCUGACUGACAUCGCUAAAGGGUUUUUCCCCUCGCUGAAGCGCCUGUUGGGAACUCCUGCCUACUUCCUGCUCCUUUGUGGGAGCAUCCUGAAGUUCAACUCUUUCAUUGGCCUGUUCACCUUCAAAGCCAAAUACAUGGAGCAACAGUUUGGACAGUCUGCAUCCAGAGCCAACUUCCUCAUAGGUGUGUUGAACCUGCCAGCAGUGGCUGUGGGGAUCUUCCUGGGAGGGCUGCUGAUGAAGAGGUACAAACUGAGUUUGGUGUCAGGAGCUCAGCUCUCUUUCGCCACAUCCUUCAUGGCAUACCUCCUCCUGCUGCUGCAGUUUGGCACCAAGUGUGAUAACAUUCCCAUGGCUGGCCUCACCAUCUCAUACAACGGGUCAACUGUGUCAUCCGACAGGGAUAUGCUCUUCUCGGAGUGUAACAGAGACUGCUCAUGUUCAGCAGACGAGUGGGACCCUGUGUGCUCAGACAGCGGCAUCACCUACAUCUCUCCAUGUUUGGCUGGCUGCCUCGGCUCCAGUGGAUACGGCAAGAACACAGUCUUCCACAACUGUAGCUGUGUGUCCGCCUCUUUCCCAGCAGGCAGCAGUACAUCGGUGAGGCUGGGCCAGUGUCCGCAUGCCAAGGACUGCAGCCGCAGUUUCACCUCCUACAUGGCUGUGUCUGUUCUCAGCUCCUUCAUCAACGCUCUGGGAGCUACACCUGGCUACAUGGUCAUCAUACGGUGCAUCUCACCAGAGCUCAAAUCCCUUGCACUGGGUAUCCAGGCCUUGGUAACUAGGACUCUUGGUGGACUUCCUGCACCCGUGUAUUUCGGAGCCCUGAUUGAUUCAACUUGCCUGAAGUGGUCAGUCAAAAAGUGCGGGGGCAGGGGGACAUGUCGCAUUUAUGACUCUGAGAUGUACAGGAUCAUCUUCCUGGGUCUGAUCACAUGUCUCAGUGGUUCCUCGUAUUUCUUCAUCAUUGCCGUCAUAGUCCUCCUCAGACGACAGUUUCGGAAACCAGAGCGAAAACCAGAGACGCAGAAUGAAAAGGCUUCAAAGUCAAUUGAACUUCGAACCCCAUCAAACCCCACUGAGGGCCAGUCCGGCGCUCCUAAAACUCCCAAACCGCCUCAUGCUCCCAAAGUUUGGGUAGGGAUCGCAACAGAUCUGGAGGAGGGAGGGGAGGUUCACAGAACAGAGCAGCUCUACCAAGACGUCAGACCUAGCUCCUCAGAUAACACCCGGGAGAGACAACAGCUCAAAUCCUUAACGGAGACCACUGUUGCGUUGACCCCUCUUCCAAGUGAGGAGGCAAAGAUGGAGAUGGAUGGGCUGAAGUCAGAGGAAGAGGUGAAAGAGGGAAAAGACGAGGUUUGCCAGGGGACGAAUGCACGGUUGGAAAAAGAGGACCGUCUCACAGAUGACAAGGAGUUAGAGAAAGAAACUACACACAGUAAAGAAACUCACGGCCCACAAAACUAAAGUGCUCACCGAUGUGUUCUCAAACGAGCCCAACUGGGACCGUGAAUGUUACUGAGUUUGGCUAAAAGUCACAUUUACUUGGAUUGUCAAGAGGGAUUGCUUUUUCAUCUGGGCUGUACCAUGCUCUAUGCUAACAGU